AUGAUUAGCUCUUUUAGUUUUAUAUUAACAUUCCCUUGUCAUUUUUCAGGGAACUCUAACUGUGUGAAGCUCUUGAUUGCCACGGGUGCUCACCUGGAGGCGUACGACCUUUACUACGGGACCCCGCUACACGUGGCGUGUGCUAACCAACACACACGCUGUGUUAAAGAGCUGCUCAAUGCAGGUGCUAAGGUGAACGCCGCCAGGCUCCACGAGACGCCGCUGCACCACGCUGCUAAAAACACCCAGGUGGAGAUGGUGAAGAUGCUGGUGGAGUUCGGGGCCAACGUCUACGCCCGAGACCAGCACAACAGGAGACCCGUGGACUACACCGCGCCCGGGUCGCCCUCGGCAACCUGCCUCCGCUUUUACGAGACCACCCCCAUGACCCUGCAGCAGCUCAGCCGGUUGGCAGUGAGGAAGACGCUGGGCACCAGAGCUCUGGAGGUCAUGGGUCAACUCCACGUACCCAAACUCAUCACCUGCUACCUGUGCUACCAGUGAGGGGCACCCCCAGGACCACCAAUGGGGGGACUCAAAGAGCUGCAAACCACAGCAAAGGUGCCACUGCUUUAGACAUGAUUAGAGUAGACACAGUGUUUAGGCAGAAGCACAAGGCUUCUCUUCAAAGCUGCACUUUGACCUCAAGACUUGCCAAGGUCAAAGUCCCAGGGGGGGCGGAGACAGAGACGAGUAUCCCAGCUCCCAAGUCCUGGAUUUGCCCAAAAUGAAACUGAUUCAUUGUGUUCACACUCUAUUGACUUGUCGUCCGGUUCUGGAUGUGGAUCCUGGCUCCGGACUUUGAGAUGCAAACACACCGACACACACAUGGGAAGUGAUAAUCCUAAAAUAGAAACCCAAAUUGUCUCCUUAACAGCAGCUUCUCGUGGAAAAAGCUGCUUUCAGCCCAGCUCCCUUCACUGGAAACUGUCCCAGUCACUAGCUCGGGCCGAUAAAACACGAGGAUUUGAAAAGGUCUUUAUGGCAAAUACAGUACAAGUCUUAACAGCCUUUCGUGUCUAAAUAAUUAGAAGCGUAACUUACACUACAAGACGAGUGUAUUUCUAAUAUGAAAGAUCAUUUUAGAUGGUUUUUACUACUAUUCAAACUAGAGAACAAGUGUCAAAGCUCAGGGGGAGGCAUGGUUUUUGGUGGAACUGGUCUGAGACCGAUUCUGAUACUUGAACUUGCUUAUUGGCCAAUACCAAGUAUGGAUCCCAUACAUGUGUGUCCUACUAGGAUUUAACAGCUGUAUGCUACAAUCUAUGGAUAUAUGGCUGUGAUAUGAUUUCUAUUUUUGUUGUUGGUCUGGCUCAGGUUGAACUUUUAGUGAACAACAGUCAUAAUGGAGAAAGAACACAAAUCAACUUCUUUUAAAGUAGAUUUUCUUAAACUGCAGUACUUUUCAGAUGCCGAUACCAACAUUUGAAGCUGUAUCAGAGGCUUUUCAGAUGCUGGGAUUGGGAUCACAACUUGUCUCG